AUGCGAAAGAUGGCGAGUUCUUCGAAACAGGAAACCUCACCAGAGGUACUCUUCACUGAGUACUUGUUAAAUCUUCUGCGAAACGGAAUGGAAGAAAAAAAUACAAAAAAAAAGUGGACAUGUAGAAUAAGCCUGAGGAAAACAUGGAUGUGCUCCCAUAAAGAAAAAAGACCGCGAUUGGCCGGAGAAGUCAGGGAGAGAAAUUGA